CAGUGGUCAGUUGCAGCAACGCUGCCGCCGUGAAGCCGAAGAAGCGAAGCAGGCGAAGAUGGCUGCCACCAUGAAGUCGACAGUAGCAGUUGAAGACGUUAAUGUGACGUUUGAGGACCAGCAGAAGAUCAACAAAUUCGCCAGAAACACAAGCCGAAUGACAGAGCUCAAAGAUGAAAUAGAAGCCAAGAAAAAAUCCCUGCAGAACCUGCAAGAUGCCAGUGACGACCUCAUGAUGUUCGAUGACGACUCUUUGCUGAUCCCCUAUCAGAUCGGUGAUGUGUUUAUCAGCCACACGCAGGAAGAAACACAGGAGAUGCUAGAAGCUGCCAAGGAGGCACUGGAGCAGGAGGUCAAGGACCUGGAAGCACGAGUGUCAGCAAUUCAGCAAGUGUUAGGCGAUCUGAAGGUCCAGCUCUACGCCAAGUUUGGAAACAACAUCAACCUGGAGGCAGAUGAAAGCUGAGCGCUGAAAUGGACAUUGACAGCUGUCUCAGUACGGACGUUUUCACACAGCGCUCACAUCAAAUUCAUAGGAAGCUUGCCAAAGCGAAACAUCAAGUAGGACGCCGCAUGCAUGGAUUAGAUUUACAGCAUCUGGCUCAUGUUGUCAUUUACGUUUGUUUACCCAGAUGAUGUACAUGUUUUCAUCUUGGUUUUGGAACAGGAAAACAAAGGUAAAUCUUUGGAAAGUGAAUAAAAUGCACACGAUUUCUCAUCUAUUUUAAUUGGUCACUUAUUUAAUGUUGGUGUGUUUUAUCUUUGGCUAAUCUGACUGAAGUGGAAUAAAUUCAGUGAAGCAG